CCGCCGCCGCCGGUUAGCUCGAAUCGGUGUUCCGUUGCUAAAUCAAUAAUGCUGAUUAAUGUGUAGUUUUGUCUCUGUGUGUGUCUAUGAAAGUUCGUGUUAUCAUUAUUAUUACGCUUAAGGGAUAAAAUUAAUUUCAUUUAAGGAUUCGUUAAAUGCCAGCCGAUUCUGUCAGCAGAAAAUAGUUUGUGGCGAAAUUUUUUUCAGCUUCCCAACAAGAACGAAAACGACAGAAAUUACACAGCGACGCUGUGAUGGCUCCUGCUCUCAAAUUUAAGUUUCAGGAGAAUGAAAAGGUUUUAUGCUUUCACGGUCCCAGUCUCUAUGACGCUAAGUGUAUUAAGGCACAGGUGAAAGAUAAAACAAAUCAUUAUUUUGUCCAUUACCUCGGCUGGAAUAACAAAUGGGAUGAAUGGGUACCCGAAAACCGCGUGCUCAAAGUUAACGAAGCCAAUCUCGCGAAGCAAGCAGAACUCACGGCAGCGCAACAAAAAGCGCGCAAAGAUGGCAGCAAGAAAAAUAAAAAACAGGAGGCAAACGUCGUCGUUACGUCGAAGGAAGCAAACGAAAAGGAUAACAGUAAACGGGACUCAAGUAGUGGAGCGGCCAAAGAUAACGCAAGCAUUGGCGGAAGUAGCAAAACCAAUAAAAACACCCAGGACAACAAAAAAGACAAGCCCGUUCCGAUAGCUGGGGGAAAAAAGCGAGAAACGCCAGUGACAACUGGUGGUAAAGAUAAAUCAUCGAUCAUUACAUCAACCAUCGCUGAAGAUCAGCCGAAGAAGAAAAAAGCGAAAGCAGAACCCGGUCAAGCUGAUCGCGAAGAGCCGCAUUAUACACAGAAGGUUGAAAUCCAUGUAAAAAUACCGGACGAUCUUAAGGAUCGGCUAGCUGACGACUGGGACUUUAUAUGCCGUCAAAAGAAGCUUGUCAAGCUGCCAUGCGAAUUCACUGUCGAUAAAAUCCUUGAUGAGUACCUCGUACAAAAAGUCAGCGUGAAAGGAACCACUCCGUGCAAAGAAUCUAUUGUUGCAGAGUUUACAGCAGGCCUUCGUUGCUACUUUAAUUCGAUGUUGGGUAAACACUUGCUAUAUAAAUUUGAGCGUCCACAGUACGCGCAGUUAUUGGAAGAACAUGGAGACAGGAUGAUGUCGCAACUGUACGGCGCCGUUCAUUUGCUACGCAUGUUUACCCUCCUUGGUCGUUUUGUUUCAUAUACAGCGUUGGAUGAACGCAGCGUUCAGCUGCUGCUUUCACAUUUACACGACUUUCUCCGCUAUAUGGGCCGCAACGCGCAAUUCUGCGAUCGUUCUGAGUAUAUGAUAGCUCCUCCUGAUUAUCACCGCCGAGCGAUGUAAUCUCGCGAUCUCUUGGUAGUGAUUUUAUUUUUACCCGUUGGCUAAGCUAAGCUGUUUGCAUAGCGAAACAGCCGAACUCUACCAAUCAUUAUCACAAUGUGACUUGGAACUAAAACAUGCGGUUUUAUUCAACGUAGCCGCAUGUAACUGACAGCAAGAGUUGAAGCAAAACGAGCAUCUCAGGCCCCCACCAAACCGAUCUUUCAAUCAUCCCAAUUCGACUGACUUUUUGUAUUUGUGAAGACGGAGAAGACAUGUAUAGGCAAGUCAUUUUGAGAUACGUGACUGGAUUCAGUAGGCUCAUUAACACAGAACCGUUGUGUUAUUUGUACGCAGUUAACGAAUAAUAAGAAAUAAUAUGGCGUGCACCAUUUACCCUCAACUGAGUGCUCACCCGCAUUUUCA